AUGGCGAAAAAUAAAAAAAUACAAGAGCGGGGCCACUGGGGUAGUAAAACUGAAUUCUUUCUGGCUGUGGCAGGAGACAUCGUGGGUCUGGGCAAUGUUUGGAGAUUCCCUUACCUCUGCUACAGGAAUGGAGGGGGGGUCUUCCUGAUACCUUAUCUUGUGUUUGCUUUGACUUGUGGUCUACCCCUUUUCCUUCUGGAGACGACGAUGGGUCAAUACACACAAGAGGGGAGCAUCACAUGCUGGAAACGCAUCUGCCCACUCGCUGAGGGUCUUGGCUAUGCUGGUCAGGUGAUCGAGCUCUAUAGCUGCAUGUAUUAUAUUAUUAUUCUGGCAUGGGCGCUGCUCUAUUUGGUCUUAUCCUUCAAAUCACAGCUUCCCUGGACCAGCUGUGACAACUACUGGAACACAGAUGCUUGUGUUGUAAUUGGAAGUAAUUCUAACAUGACACAAAAGAUCAACUCAACGUCAGCGGCCGCUGAGUUCUGGGAGCGAAGAGUUCUCUCUCUGUCUAAAGGAAUUGAAGAUUUGGGAGAAGUGAACUGGGAGCUUCUUCUGUGUCUGAUCGUGAUGUGGGUUCUCUGCUAUUUCUCCAUCUGGAAGGGGGUCAAGUCCACCGGCAAGGUGGUGUAUCUUACAGCCAUUUUCCCCUACGUUAUGCUGGUGGUGUUGCUAAUUCGAGGGUUGACUCUUCCCGGAGCGCUGCAGGGGGUGAUUUUCUACCUCUACCCUGACUUUAGCCGACUGUUAGAACCUCAGGUUUGGAUGGAAGCCGCCAGUCAAAUCACGUUCUCCUACAGUAUAGGUGCAGGCAUACUGACAGUGCUGGGCAGUUAUAACCCAUACAACAGCAACUGCUACAGGGAUUGCUUUUGGUUGUGUCUGCUGAACAGUGCUACCAGUAUAGUUGCUGGAUUUGCUGUGUUCUCAGUAUUGGGCUUCAUGGCUUAUGAGCAGGGAGUUCCAAUAGCAGAAGUGGCAGAGUCAGGUCCAGGUCUGGCAUUCAUAGCCUAUCCUCAGGCGGUAGCUAUGAUGCCCGUGCCUCAACUGUGGGCGGCAUGUUUCUUCAUCAUGAUCAUUCUGCUGGGUCUGGACACCCAGUUUCUUGCGAUGGAAGUGAUCAUUACGUCAGUAACGGACGUGUUUCCCAAAAUCCUGCGCAGGACCGGACGCAGAGAGAUCUUUCUUCUUCUGCUCUGUCUCUUCUGUUUUUUUAGCCAAUUUGUCAUGAUCACAGAGGGUGGGAUGUACGUAUUUCAGCUGUUUGAUUACUACGCAUGUAAUGGCGCCUGCAUCGUCUUCAUCACUGUGUUUCAGUGCCUGGCAGUGAGCUGGAUAUUUGGAAAUGACCGAAUGUGUGAAGCUAUUCAAGAUAUGACAGGGACUUACCCUAAUGUCCUCUUCAAGUUGUGUUGGAAGUACGUCACCCCGUUUCUCCUGAUGGUGUCUUUCAUAUAUUAUUUGGUCGACUACCAGCCUUUGGUAUUCAACCGCCUGUAUGUGUACCCGGCCUGGGCAAACUGGCUUGGAUGGCUGAUGGCUCUCUCCUCUAUUUUGCUGAUUCCUAGCUGGGCAUUGAGCCACUUGUGGAAAGCCGAGGGGAACCUUAAACAACGCUGGUGUCAAGUGUGCAGUCCUGAUCUCAACCUGCCCUCAUCACAACAGGAGAAAGUUAACAUAGAAUUAAUGACAUCUGCUGCCUGACACGCCAACACGGAGGGGAAACAAACUGAAAUACUGAAUACAAGUGAUGUUUAUUAGAGUGUAUAUAAAUCUUAAUGUCUGA